AUGACCGCAGUCGUGUCGCUUCUGCUCGACCAGAGGCACGACUAUGCUGUCCAUGCACGCAAAGCCCCGACCCCUUAUCCACCAAUGACACUUGAUGGACGAAACCUUGUUAUCGUAUCUUGCAUCAUGAUGGCACUUACAACUGUUUGGACUAUCAUGCGCAUUAUGUCAAAAUACAUCGUUGGCGCAGCGUAUCUUUUUGAGGAUUAUUUCUACGUGCUUGGUCAGGUGAGCUGCUCUGAAAGCUUCAGGCUAUGCUGCUUUUUUUUUUACGGCGCCGCGACCUCUUGCAUUCUCUCGGUCGUUCUUGGAGGCGCAGGACACAAUGUUUCUGACCUUGAACACAACAUCCACGUAAAGUGCUUUUACAAGACAUUCCUGGCUGCACAAGUCACAUACGCCGGCGGGCUACUAGCUAUCAAACUGAGCAUAAUUCUGUUGACUCAACGCAUAUUCUCGGAUUUCGGUCGCUGGUUUCGGAUUUGGUGCUGGGUCGCAAUAGGGCUCUCCAUCGUUUGGGGACUUUACACAGGCCUCGUUGGAUUGAUAAUUGCAAAGACCAAGCCAGACAACCAAGGCAGCAAGCUGCUAUUUAGUCUGGUGCCUAUCUUCGACAUUAUCACCGAUAUCAUCAUUGUCGUUCUUCCCAUGAAAGUUGUCAGCACCUUGCAAAUGUCGAAACCACAUAAAAUCGCCCUCUACCUCAUCUUUGGUGCGGGUAUCAUCACCAUCCUGUUCUCUGGUGUCCGUUUAUAUCAUACGCUUACCGUCGACUACGGGAACAUCACGAAGAGCUUCGCUUCUGCACCUUAUAGUGCUGUGCUCCAGAACGGCAUUGCAGUCAUGGUGGCAUCGAGUCCCGUUCUUCGACCCAUAUUCGAUCGCACGAUAGCUCGGUGGCUCAAUUUAUCAAUACGAGGCAACGGAAGGACUGUUGCGACGGGGCCUCUGAGGACAAUAAGGACAUUCAGAGGCCCCGCAACCACACGCAACCGUUCUGAUGCGCGCACGACUCUAAGUCGGAGCGAUGGUUUCAAGCAAAUGACAGACAACAGCGAUGUGGAUGACAGCCUUGGCUGGGAAAUGGAAGGGCUUGAGACCUUGCGGCGGAAAAGUGACCAGGCGCAAAUCUCGGCUCACGCAGAAGCCCAAGCACCUGAUCGCGUCAGUCCUCUCUCACUGGGCGGAGGUAUUUCUGUUACACAUACAUUUACGAUAGAGUCUCAUGUGACCCGGCUACCCUCGUUUUCGGGCUUUGUCUCCACAGAUAACCAGCCCAGCAAAGCCGACGUAGCUUAG